AAUGACUUCCCAUAACUAGACUCGUCAACCGGAGUUCAAGAUGGCGAUCAGCGAGCAGCUAAUAUCGCAACUAAUCGAUCAUUAAUAACAUCUCAGUCCUCAUAUUAUUAUAAGCUCUACGCGUUAUGUCAGUAUUCCACGUCGGCUUCUUAUACCUUUGCAAAGCAGUGGAUAUCAGACACUAGUGUAUAGAUAGAGACUGUGUGUGUUGUUGUUUUUUUUGCGUCAAAUAGAAAUAGUUGCUGAUCAGGUUUAUGAAACUAUUUGGAAUGAUUGGGAAGUUUUCAUUAGUUUGGAGGUCAACAUGUCGCUAAGAGAGUUGAAAGUAUGCCUUCUUGGGGAUACAGGAGUUGGAAAGUCAAGUAUUGUGUGGAGGUUUGUGGAGGAUAGUUUUGAUCCCAACAUUAAUCCCACAAUUGGGGCAUCGUUUAUGACAAAGACUGUGCAGUACCAAAAUGAGCUUCACAAAUUCCUCAUAUGGGACACAGCAGGACAAGAAAGGUUUCGUGCCCUGGCUCCCAUGUACUACAGGGGCUCUGCUGCAGCUAUCAUUGUGUAUGACAUCACUAAAGAGGAAUCAUUCCAGACGUUGAAGAACUGGGUAAAGGAGCUUCGCCAGCAUGGACCACCCAACAUAGUGGUGGCUAUCGCUGGCAACAAAUGUGAUCUCUCCGAUGCCAGAGAGGUUACAGAGAAGGACGCCAAGGACUAUGCUGACUCCAUUCAUGCCAUAUUUGUUGAAACCAGUGCCAAAAAUGCCAUUAACAUCAAUGAGGUCUUCAUUCAGAUAAGUCAAAGGAUCCCAAUUAUAGAUGCAGAUGGCGGGUCUGCGGUCAAGGGCUUCAAACUUCGUCGCCAACCAUCAGAGUCGACCAGGGAACGUACUUGCUGCUGACGCAGUCGUAAACAGUUUGGCCAGAUCUUCUCCAGCCUCUGUUUGUUUCUAUUAGUAACUAAGGAGAAUAGCAAUUGAAGAAUGUGAUGUCACAGAGGAAGUUAAAUAACUUCCUUUUGGAGCCAAAUAAGAAGUUUAGUUAAUAAUGGAAUGAGAUUUACUGUCUGAAUCCCAAAUCAAUGGUCACUUGCUUGAGAAAAGUCGAAAAUGCUCUGACACAGUUGUUGUACCUUAUCUUGCCCGCUCUUCAGCCCCCGUUCAAAUGUCCUUGGGGAUCCAUUUUCUGUUCUAGAUCACUGCCCAAAAUCAGACAGCAAAGAAAACACCUGCUUAACAGAUCAGAUAUAGUCCUGUCUUGCUUUCUUGCUCUCUCUCGCUCUCUCUCUCGUUCAUUCUUACAAAAAUCUCCAAGUACAGCUAUUGUCUGUCUGUCUGUACAUUUGAAGAGUUUCGGCACUCCAAAUGCAAGCAACCACAGCUUUCUUGUCUCACUAUUUUUGCACAUCUUUGAUAUAUAUGAUAAAAAGAAAAAAUAUAUAAAUGGGCGAAUCUCAUGAAACCUGUCAUACAUAUCCAGGUCAUAUUUCACUCAAAUCAAAUGAAAAAGUAAGCCUGAAAUUAUAUUUUACAUAGUCAAUUUAAAGUCUGUUAGGAUUAAGAUGUUUUUUUAACGCUCCUAAAAAUUGACCUUGUUAUUUUUCUUGUGAUGUUGGGGGUAAAAUAUGACAUGGGCAUGUUUUUAUGAGAUUCAUUCACACUAUUUACUAUUAUAGAAAUAUCAGUGUUGUAUUCCUGUUGCAUAGGCUAUAAAGCUUUGUGCGCUUCUGUCUUUCCUAUAUUUUGUAUAGGAAAAAAUAAAAUUAAAUUCAGUGGUAGUACUAAAAAUACAGAUAAAAAUAACUCUGGGAUUUUCUGGUCAAUAAUAAUAAGCAUUAACAUAAGAUUUCUGAGCCUUGACCAUUUUGAGAUGAGUUCAUGAAGUUAUAUUUAAAGUAAUACAGAAUGUGCCAAAUCUUUGCAAUUUUGUAGUCUUGUCAAUUUUUUUGUGACAUAGUAAGGAUCCUGUAGUAGCAGAUCAGUGGUCAAUGAUGUUGAUGCACAACCAUUUGCAUAUUUUAUUAAUAUGCAAGUCGAGAUAACAAUAGUAACACGUUUUUGCUCCAAUUAGCCACGUUCUCCUUUGCCAGAUUUUUAGCUACAGAUCCAGCCUGUUUUUGGACUAAUAAGCAGUUAGAAUAGACUUUAUGUUUUACAGUGUCUGACUGCUGUUACUGCUUGCAGUGCAUAAUCAGGGCAUUAGCUAAGUUCAACCCUCACACUUUGAGAUAAAGUUGGCCAGUCUUCUAGAUUGCUGACAAGAAUAGCAGUUUCAAAGUGUUAGAUGUGAUAACUAUUCCAACUUUUCACAUGUUUUCCAUAUCAGAACUUUAAUGUUCGAGGGAAGGAGCCAAAUGCCGGAAUUCUGUACACAAUGCGCUUUAGGCUUUUGUCCAGGACUUUGUGAAGUGUGCAUUAUGUCCAAAUACUUUCUGAAAUUGCAUUUUAACCAUUUGUGUUAGUUGGCAGUUGGUCUCUUCAGAUCCCUUGCUGUUCUUUUUAUGACAUUUUUACAGGAUUGAGUGAUUUUGUGAGGUCUUGCCAAAUGCCCUAAUUGUCUCAUAAACAUUUUUCAUCUUUCUCAUUCUUUCACUGAAUAACUUUUGGCCUGCACAUCCAACAUGCUUUUACUAUCUGGACACGGAUAAAAAAGGAGCAUAUCUGAAAAGUAGUCUUGUUUCAAAAAGAGCAAGACAUCUAAACUCUAAACCUUUAAAAAAAACAAGCAAAAGGAAGUAGUUACACUAUACCAGAUAUUCUUCUUUGAAUUGACCCCAAAUGAAAUAACUCUCUUCUUUGCUGUCACUCAAUUUUUCAGCCUAAAUGUUUUCUCAAGACUUAAUUUGGGAGAAAAAAAAGUCUUAUUUUUGACAAUCUGAGAAACUUACCUUUAAAAGAUUUGGAUUAAUGUACACACUAUUCAUUCAAGAGCAUUAUAACACAAUGUGGUUGAAUGGCUCUUUUUCUAUACAUCAUGUCGAACUUAAGUUUAUUCAGACAAAAUUUUACAUUAUCUGUUACAAUUUUUGCAUUCGUGAAUAUAAAACAAAUAUGUUACAAUUUUUCAACUGAAUACCCACAAUGACAAAGUUUUAUGUACUUAAAAUGUGAUUCAUCUAAAUACACUUCAGUAUAACACGUGACACCAUCUCGGUUGUUUUUAGAAGUUAGUAUGUGGCUUUUGAUGGUACUUUUAUGGAUAUUAUUACAUAUGCUUUUGACGUUAUAUUGGCCUAUUGGGGUCGUAGAAUGUGUUUAGUGAAUCAGAAUGGAUAUUAUGGGCAAUCUUGAGUUUCAAUUCCCAUCCUUUAUCCUGUGAUUCUAUAUGCAGUGCUGCCAAUGCGCCAUGAUGUUUUCAGGAAUUCACAAGUGCAAUAAUAAUACUUUUCCCCUCCAAAAUGUGUGCUGUCAGUAAUAAUAGCAGAGAGAUUUAUAGACUUAUUACAGUAAUUGUAGUUAAUCCAUGAAUUUUAGCACAACAAUAUUUUCCUUUAGAACACUGUGCUUGUUAAAUGAAAAAAAUAAAAAGGGAUUACUUGGAACAACACUUGGGGAAAAAAAAAUGCACUUUUUCAAAAUUCCUGUGUGUCUUUUACCCUAGUUGAAACAACUUGGAAAAAUUACAGUCCUAGCAUUCUCUAUUGAUGUUUACACAGAAAACGAUUCAAAUUGAUUCUUCCAAUGACUGUAAUAUGCCUUGUGCUAAGUAAAUGUAUCUUUCACUCAAAUCAGAACCUUACAUUUUUUUUAUUUUCUGUAUGUCAUGUCAAACAAAUUGAAGAAGGAAACAUAGCUCAGCAAUGUAUGGUAUCAAAAUGUUGUAGAGUAGCUAUGUGUUUGUCUUGUACAAAGCCUGUGAUCCACAACGAGACCAAAUGUCUCAUUUAGUCCUGUUGAAGUUCUUGAAUUCUUUUGAAAAGGACUUUCUGAAUUGCUUGUCCUCUUGCUGGGGAGCACAGGCUUUGCAUUAAUGCCUUUGAAUGGAACUACAUUCUACACUUGAGUCGGACAGUAUAGUGUCUGGUGUGGUUUGCAGUGGUGUUUUGGUGGAAGAAAAUGCCAACAGUCUUGGGCUGGCCCUAAGAAAGUUGUGAAAUUCUCAUUAUGUACUUUACGUCCUUGUAUAUACCACACAUUGGAUGAAUUGUGUAAAUUACUUUACCACUACUUACCAUUGUAAUUCAGUAUUUACAAAAUAAUUUAACCUAAUCAUUAAUUGUUUUUGCCAUUUAGCUUGUCUCUUUUAUUGUUUUGUCAUGCAAAGAAGGCUUGAAAAUAACAUUUGUUAAUUUGUGAAUGUGCAAAAGGGAAAUGUUUAGCUCUUUAUUAGUAAUAAAAUGAUACAAAUCCA